UGUCUUGUGACAGCUACCAUUAAACCACUCAUCCACAAAUCGCUCAGACCUAAAUAAGUCAUAGCCACCACGUCUUCCACCACGACGUCGCCACUCUUCCAAGGAACAACACCUCGCAAACGCAUCCAAACCAACAUCACCUAAACCAACAACAUGUGUGUCACAGAACUUUGCGUCACCAACCAGAGCUGCCAGCAUCGCUGGUACCAUCUGGUCCGUCCAUGUGCUCCGUCCACAGACCUGUCCUCUUGCAGCAAGAAGAUGGGCAUCUCUGGCUGGGAAGUCAAGGUCGACCACUGCCCAUACUGUCAAGGCGACGCCACCAACUCUGAGUACCGUCUGAUUGGUAACGGCCCAGCACCUUCCGUUGGCUCUCUCUCUGGCCUCGCACGCGCGCAUUCGACAAGUCUGCACGCCGCUCGCCGCGAUGAGCGCCUCCAGUUGGUCACUUCCAGGAGCGACAGUGUCACAAGCAUUGGCAGCAAGAGCAGCAUAGUCACAGCCGCCUCCGAGAAGAACCGCGCCAUGAACGCAAGACUCGAUUCGUACUUCUUCCCGACUGAGAGCUCCCCCGUCUCGCCAUUCCCCAGAUCCGCCCGCGAGGGCGAUGCUGAGGGUGCUGAGAGCUCCAGCGACACAUCAAGCAGCGACCAUGCUAGCCUGCGGCACCAGUCCAUGUCGAACGAGCCUUACAGAGUCAGCAUGAUCUCGCGCAUCGGCCGCAAGACCAAGCGCUUCUCAAUGUUCAAGUGAACAAACCCAAGCGUUAGACGUAUCAGCCACGUCAUGCUCAGUGCACAGCCUGCGCCCAGCAACCGUCGUUUUGUCAAACGUCGAAGCUUACCUUUACUGCGGGCCUAGACCGACUCCGCUCGACUGCCAAUCCAGCGGACCCGGCAGCCGGGCUCCGCGGCUUGUAAACGAAAACGGCUUC